AAAACUUGGUUAGAUGGACAGUUUUUGCAGUGUGGGUUUGAUUGCAACCGGCUCAAUGGACAGAUCAGUGAACGUAUGGAGAACUGGAGAUGGAGAAACUGUGUCUGAGUCACCGCGGACAGAGUGUAAAGGAAGGAAGCUGCCGGGUCACUCCAGGCUGCUGCUUGCUGAUUGGACGGAGCAGGACAUGCAGACUUGGCUACAUGAGGAUGGACUCAAGGAACUUGUCAGUUUUUAAAGCCAACAACAUCGACGGAUCAGAAUCUGUAGGCCUACGUGGUCGUCUCCUGAGGAAAAUCGAGGCCCUGAAAGCAGAGCAGAGCGGUUCCGAAGCCUCUGAUGAUGAGUUUCUGCGUCCAAUCAGAGAGCUGAUGAAGGAUCCAGUCAUCGCUGCAGAUGGAUAUUCCUAUGAGCGAGUCUCUAUAGAGCUGGAUCCGAGAUCCCUGAAGACGGCCAGAACCUGAUGGAAGUCCAGCCAGUA